ACACACUGCAAAGGAACUUGGGGAGUAAACAUAUACAAAUUAUAAUAAGAUUUUUUUAAAAAUUGUUUCAUAGAAUUUGAGUUUCAUGUGGAACAACACAUAAAUAAAACAAUAAAUUAAACAUCUUGAAACACACUCCACACCAGUAGGAGGCGGUAAUGAACACCUUCAGUUGUUUACCAGCUGUCAUUAAACACACGAAGAAGAAGAGUCGGACUCCAAACACAACAAACAUUUCUCCAUCAGUGGUUCUGUCCGGUGUGAGGUCUGAUAAAUCAUCUGCUCCACCUCGGGGGUUUUGUCAUGUUUGGCCGCCAUGUUGUCUGGCUGCUCUUCUCUUCCCUCUGCCACGGCCGUCCGCCGGCCCAGGCUAAGCUGGAGGCAGAUGAGGUGGUUCCUCGGCUGUUAUCGUUGCAGGAGAUGGACCUGAUGCURCCUCACCAUCAACGCUCAGAGCAUUCAAAGUCAGAAUACAUCUUUAUUUUACUGCCUGCUUUUGGAAACAAACUGUACCUGAAUCUAACACGGGACUUUGCAGUUUUUUCAAAGAAUAUUGUUGUAGAGGAAAGACUUGGGAACCAAAGUGUGGUGGUCAGACGUUUGACCAUGGACCAACGAUGCUUUUACUCUGGCUUCAUCAUCAACCAGAUCAACUCUGUGGCUUCACUGAGCACCUGUGCUGGUUUGACUGGACUCAUUCAGAUGGAUCAGGACCUCUGGUUCAUUCAGCCAGCGGACCAGCAGGAACCAUCAACAUCAUUCUCUGGAUUGAAACAUCAACUGGUUCGACAUCAGAGCUGGACUGAGACCAAGCCUAGACGAGACGCUGAGCAGCCUGUUUACUGUGGACUUAUCAAAGAAAAACAAAAGGGGAGAAGAUCAAAACAAAAGAGUCUCAUGAAGAGAGACGUCAUGAAGUUGGAACAAGUCUACACUUUGGAGACCGUGGUGGUGGCAGACUCAGACAUGGUGCAGUACCAUGGAGCUGAAGGGGCUCAGAGGUUCCUACUUACUGUCAUGAAUAUGGUCAACAGCUUGUUUCAGCACCCAAGUCUGGGAGUUCAGAUCAACAUUCGAGUCACUAAACUGUUGCUGCUUCACAACCGCCCAGAAAACUUAUCGGUGAGUCAUCAUGGACAAAGGUCUCUGGAAAGCUUUUGCCACUGGCAGCAUGGGGAGUUAGGGAUGCCCCUGAAUUUUGGUCCCAACAAGAUUAGAAGAAGAAUGUUUGACAUUUAUUCAUUGGAUACAGCUGUGUUGGUCACCAGGACUGAUUUCUGUGUUCAUAAAGAUCAACCCUGUGAUACUGUCGGUAUUGCUUAUCUGGGUGGUGUCUGCAGUGCAAAGAGGAAGUGUGUGGUAGCUGAAGACAAUGGCUUAAAUUUGGCCUUCACAAUUGCUCACGAAUUGGGUCACAACAUGGGAAUGAAUCAUGACGACCACCACACUAACUGCACCAGUCACUCACACAUCAUGUCUGGUGAGUGGAUAAAAGGUAGAAACCCCAGCGAACUGUUCUGGUCAUCCUGCAGCCGUAGAGACUUGGAGAAUUUCCUCAGAUCUGAAGCCAGUAGCUGUCUACGACACACAGACCCCAGAAACAGUCCUUGGGUCCCUCUGUCCUCCAAGCUGCCAGGGAUGCACUACAGUGUGACUGAACAGUGCCAGAUCCUGUUUGGAGCUAAUGCUACGUUCUGCUCUGAAAUGCAGGAUCUCAUGUGUGCUGGCCUGUGGUGUUUAGAAAUGGGAGAGACUUCCUGCAAGACAAAACUUGAUCCUCCUCUGGAAGGAACUGAGUGUGGAACAGACAAGUGGUGCAGAGCAGGACAAUGUGUCAGGAAGACUCCCAUUCCUCAGCAUGUGGACGGAGACUGGAGUUUAUGGAGUCAGUGGAGUAUCUGCAGUCCAACCUGUGGUACUGGGGUCCAGUUCAGACAGAGGAAAUGUGACAACCCUCCGCCUGGUCCAGAUGGAAGGCAUUGUCCAGAAUCCAGUGUGGAGCACAGAGCUUGUGAAGGACCUGCAUGUCCCAGAGGAGCCCCAGGAUUCAGAGACCUGCAGUGUCUUUCCCUCAACAGACAUGUUGGUGUGCUGACGGCUGUUAUUAACGAUGAGAAUUGGGUGUGAUGGCAUUGUCGGCUCAUCAGCAGAGGAAGAUGUUUGUGGUGUUUGUAAUGGACAUGGACGCUCCUGUAAAAUAGUGAAAGGAGAGUUUAACCACACCAAGGGAAUGGGCUACAUUGAAGCUGUGGUUAUUCCUGCAGGAGCACGGAGGAUCAAAGUGGUGGAGGACAGACCUUUACACAGUUUUCUGGCACUAAAGGACUCCAGCAGGAGGUCAAUCAACGGGAACUGGAAGAUUGAACUUCCAGGAGACUUCCAGUUGGCCGGGACCACAGUACGUUACGUUAGACGUGGACUGUGGGAGAARAUGUCUGCCAAAGGACCCACUAAGACCCCCUUACACCUGAUGGUCCUGCUCUUUUAUGACCAGAGCUAUGGGAUCCAUUAUGAAUACACCAUGUCUCUGAACACAAGUCUGGUCAGCAGCAGUCAGACACCCAGUAAACCAGAUUAUCUUUAUAUCUGGGCACACAGCAACUGGCAGGAUUGUCCUGUCCCAUGUGGAAUAGGAGAGAGGAGAACAGUGGUUUCCUGUGUGAGGAUCGUCAGAAAAAACAUGGAGGUUGUUAAUGAUAGCUAUUGUCAAUCUGAGACCCGUCCUCUGCCCAAAGUACAACUUUGCAACACUCAGCCCUGCAAUUACAGUCUAAUGACAGUCGAGGGGCUGAGGUCUCAUCCUUCUGAAGAACUGGUCCUCUCUGAAGCCCCUCUGCUUGCUGGAAGAACUAAAGACUUUUGCACAUCUUCCUCAUGGUGCUGGAAGGACCGGUUCUGAAGGUCCAGUCUGUUCUCUGUGGUGACUUUAGAACAGCUGUGUGUCCAGAAUAAAAACAUGUGACAGAACAUCUGUCCUUUCAUCUGA